CAAAAUUCUUUAAGUCCAUUGUGAAAUCCGAAUCUUUGAGGACAUCGUUGUAUAUCGAUGAUUUGUUAAGCAUGGAAAGCAGAGCAUCAAAGUUGAAAUACUUGAGAGUUUUAUCCUUUCGUAAACUUGAUGUAUUACCAGAUUCAAUAGGUAAAUUGAUUCAUCUACGCUAUUUGAAUCUCUCUUGGACCAAGGUUAAGAAAUUACCAGAGUCAUUAUGCAACUUGUAUAAUCUACAAACAUUAAUAUUGUAUAGAUGUUAUGGCCUGACCAUGUUGCCCAAUGACAUGCGUAAACUUGUGAAUUUAUGGCAUUUUGAUCUUAGGGGAACUUCUUUGAAAGAAAUGCCUAGAGGAAUAAGUAAAUUGAAAAUGCCUAUUUUAGAUUACUUUGUGGUGGGCAAGCACAAAGAAAAUGGAAUCCAGGAAUUAGGAGGGCUCUCAAAUCUUGGAGGAUCAUUUAAGAUUAAGAAGUUGGAGAAUGUUGCUGAUGUCAGACAAGCCAGGAGUGCAAGGAUGUUGGAGAAGAACCGCAUUGACGCGUUAUCGUUGGAAUGGUCUUCAGGUAAUAAGAUGGUUUCAAACAUGGAGACUUUGAGAGAUAUACUUGAUAACUUGCAACCGCACAAUGGCUUGAAAGAGUUGAGGAUCCAGGGAUACAAGGGCGAAAGAUUUCCAGAUUGGGUGGGACACUGUUCUUACGACAAUAUGACAAGUGUAACACUAGCAUCUUGCAAGAAUUGCUGCAUGCUGCCUUCACUUGGACAACUGCCAUCUCUAAAGUCCCUGUGCAUUAAAGGUUUUCUUCAGCUCAAGCGUAUUGGUGAUGAGUUUUACAACAAUGACAGCGAUCAUCAUUCCUCGCCUAUUGCACCGUUUCCUUCACUCGAGGAAUUGGUGUUUGAUAACAUGCCAUGCUGGGAGAAGUGGCACGUACCUCACCCAGAAGCUUUUCCUCGGCUUAGGACACUUGAAAUAGAAGAUUGUGGAAUGUUAACCGGAGAUAUGCUUAACGACAUAUUGUGGAGAAGGGAUUCUUGUUUGCGGGAAGACGAUGAAGGAAGGUCUGAUGGGAUGGUAGGUGGUGGGGAUGCUUUAUCAAUAAACAGGGGAUCUCAAUCAUUUAAUGCAAGCACCGUCAACCAUCUAUGUUGCCUCCAAGAACUACUUAUUUCAGGGUGUCCGUCUAUUGUAUCCUUUCCGGGUAAUUGUUUACCCAAAUCUCUGCAAAACUGAAAAUCUUGAGUUGCCCAAAAUUUGAAUUCCUCGAGCAACAGUGUGAUUUGGUAGAGCUACAUAUACAUGGCGUCUGUGAUUCACUGAGGUCCUUGUCGUUGGAUGUCUUUCCCAAUCUCAAGAAUUUGGAGAUAUCAGUGUGUAUGAAUCUGGAAUCAGUGUCAAUGUCAGAGGCACCACACGCUGCUCUUCAACGUCUCUCCAUUGCUUUCUGCAACAAAUUAGUGUCAUUUGCAGGAGAAGGACUGGCUGCACCCAACUUGACUCAUCUUCAAGUCAUCUUCUGCUCAAAGUUGGAGGCAUUACCACGUGACAUGAAGAGUCUACUCCCAAGUUUACAGUCUCUCCAGGUAUAUGGUUGCCCAAACAUUUGCAGGUUGACAGAGGGUGGUUUGCCGCCUAACUUGAAAGAGCUUUAUGUGGGAAUUGGCGAGCAACAAACGAGGGAUCUAUCAUGGAUGGCCAACUUGCACGCCCUCACUCAUCUUGAAAUUUAUUGUGAUUACUGCCACAACAUAAAGUCAUACCCAGAGGUAGGUUUGCUGCCUCACCUUCUCUCCCUUAGGACUCUUAAGAUAGGGGGGUUCCAUAAUCUGGAGACAUUGGAGUGCAACGAGCUUCUCCGCCUCACCUCCCUUCAACAACUACACAUUUAUUGGUGUCCAAAGCUGGAGAAUAUGAAAGGAGAAAAGCUGCCUCCCUCUCUCUUCGUACUUCAAAUUGAAAAGUGUAGUUUGCUGGGAGAACACUACAAGAACAAGCAUCAACUAAUUUGGCCCAAAAUUUCCCACAUCCCAACCAUUCAAGUCGAUGGCAAAAAAAUUUCCUGAAUAGAGAUUUCUGAGCAGGUGCAUUGUAAUGAAGUAAAAGUACUCAAAUGACAGAGAUUUCAUCAUAUAUAAUCUUACACAAAUAUUUUAUCUUCAGAACAUGAUGCAGUUUGCGACUUUGAGUGAUAUGCUAAAAGAAAAUAAAGCUUAUUGUCUUGCCUGAAAUGCAAAGUGAAGCUUCAAAAUAAUUUAACAAUUUUUCCUUCUGUUUUUGCCAUCUUUUGCAGGUAAAAGUUCAUAGAUGUUAGAGAUUUCAUUGCACAUGUAUAUCUAUAUAUAUGGAGAUGUAAAGUGGAUUAAUGUGUUGGGAAGCAGUAGUGUUUUUUUAUUUCAGCUUUCAUUUUAAUUGGUAUGUACACUAGUUUAAAUUAAUGACUGAUGUGUAUCAUAGGAUUCAUAUCCACACUAUAUGUGGAGUUGCUUGGAUUAUUCAAUUCAGUGCUUUGCUUCAAAGAUAGGAACCAUAGAUGGUUGUUUGGCUAUCAAUAGCAGUCAUGUUUGAACUUUGAACCAAUGUGCUAAACAAAUGAGUUUCAAUAUCUAAUG